AUGACUCCUAUACCAGGACUCUUCAAUAGCUUCCUACUGAAGCUAGGUAUCCUAGCACUCACUGCUCCUGCACAACUCUAUGCCUUGCCUACCAAUCCAAGAUUUUCUGAUUGGGCUGGCUCGGCUGGAGAUAAUGAGUCGAAUGGUGGCGCCCCACUCCGCGGCGCUGUGGUGUCAUCAUACAAGCUCGCACCAGGACAAGAUGCCGAUGCAGACCUGGGAAUUCCGUUCAGAUGGGAUGACACAAAGAAUCCUCAGCCAAUACGUGGUACAUGGGGUGCUACGGAUCCCGGACCUCAAACGUACGAAUACUCAAAGCUCAACCCAGAUAUUGUCGCGCCGCCUUCUACAGACCACAACUCUAUGCCAAAUGCGAAAUGGCCCAUGGAAUUGUCCCAUAAUCGGCUUGUUCCGAAUGGUGCGGGUUGGUCCAGACAGGAAAAUACUGAAAACCUUCCCAUUGCAACAGCUAUGGCUGGAGUCGAUAUGCUACUCGCGCCAGGGGCAUAUCGAGAAUUGCAUUGGCAUAAAGCCAGUGAGUGGGCAUAUGUAUUGAACGGAAGUUGCAGAGUGCAGGCAAUGGACGAAAAUGGUCAAACAUAUGUGGAUGACGUGCAGGCGGGAGACGUGUGGUUCUUCCCUCCCGGUGUUCCGCACUCUCUCCAAGCUCUUGACGAAGGCUCUGAAUUUUUGCUAGUCUUCGAUCAAGGUGACUUUGAUGACAGCGGUACCGGAUUAAUUUCUGAAAUGUUUCUCCGCACUCCUAAAGAAGUAUUGUCGAAGAAUCUCAAUGCGCCUCUUUCAGAUUUUGAUCAACUCCCGAAGGACGAGCUGUACAUUUUCAAUGGAACCCCAGCACCAGCAAACCUAACUGCGCAGAAUGUCACCGGUCCAGGCGGGGUAGCUCGUGGAAAUCACAGCUAUACGUAUCAUCUCUCAAAGCAGUCUGCAUACGAGGUACCCGGAGGAAGCAUCAAAAUUAUUGAUCCUCAGAGCUUCCCCCUUGCAUCUACUUUCAGUGUCGCACUUGUGACUAUCCAUCCUGGUGCGAUGCGGGAGAUUCAUUGGCACUCUACCGAUGAAUGGGGCUUCUUCGUUUCCGGCCAAGGCCGUGUGACCGCCUAUUCACCUCCCACGACUGGUGGCACGUUUGACUUCCAGGCCGGCGAUGUCAGUUACGUGCCAGCCACAUACUCUCAUUACAUAGAAAAUACUGGGGAUGAGGAUAUUGUCUUCCUUGAGGUUCUACAAGCCCCUGAGUUCACUGAUAUUUCGGUUGGUCAGUGGUUGAAGCUGGUUCCUGAGCAAAUUAUCAAAGAUACCUUGCAUUUGCCGCAGAGUUUGCUUGAUAAUCUUUCGCCAAACAAACAGUACAUUGUGCAAGGUAAUACAAAUUUGACUGCGUUGGCGGGUGGAUCAGGGACUGCAUAA